AUGUACAGUACAGUGAAAGAUGACAACGGAAAGUAUUUCUGUGGUAGUGAAGAUGAAACAGUUGUUGAAGAGAGAAACUUGAAGAUAUCAGAUAUUAUAUGCCUUCAAAUGGAUUUGAAGAAAAUAAUAGACGAGUGCAAGAUAUUAGUUAAUGGGAAUGAUUUAUCAUUAGGUAUCGAUCCAUUAUAUUGUUUCAAAUGUAUAGUUGAAGGUAAUAUAGAAACAAUAGAAGAGAUAGAAAAAGAAAUUAAAGCAUUCAAAAAGAGAAAUAUUCUCUUUAUUAAUGCAUUGAAAGAAUUAAAGAAAAGAAAAGAAAGAGAAGAUAGAUUAGAUAGAUUAGAGAAGAAAAAGAAAGAAGAAGAGACAAAACCAGAGAGGAGAAAAACUAGACCUCUCUAG